AUGGGCGCCCAGCUCAGCCUGGGCAUCGAGGUCAUCAACGCCGCCUGCGCCGGCGCGGCGCUCCUGACGCUCGUGCUCGUCGUGCGACGGCCGAAAGCGGCGGCGCGCGCCGGCGCCCCGGGCGCGCGGCGCGUGGCGCUGGAGCCGUGCGAGGGCUGCGUCGUCUCCGGCGUGGGCCUGGGCCUGCCCGGGACGGGCCGCAAGGUCUUCUGCGGCGCGAACGCGGCCGCGCUGCUCCGGGGCGAGUGCCUCAUCGAGCCGCUCGGCGACGACCAGGCCGACGCGCUGCUCGCGCGGCGCGUCGUCCAGCUCCAGAAGUCCAAGGACCGGGGGCCGACGAAGGUGCCCAUCACGCGGCGCGACCAGACCGUGGGCGUCUCCGCGCGGCUUGGCGACUUCGACCUCUCGGCCGAGUACGGCGUGCCCAAGGCCCUCGCGCAGACCAUGGGCAAGGCGACGCAGAUCGCCGUGGCCGCGGGCCUGGAGGCGCUCAAGGACGCGGGCCUCGUCGCCGACGUCGCCGGCGACGACCGCUGGAAGCUGCCGGAGGCGCUCCGCGACGGCACGGGCGUCGUCUACGCGACGUCGUUUCCCGCGCUCGACGCGGCCGUCGCCGAGGUCGGCCGCUACGGCGAGUACCUGAAGCCGUCGCGCCAGUCGGCGGCGGCGUUGAUCGAUGCGUUGGAGGCGAAGCUCGGCGGGUCCGGCGACGUCGCGGACGCGCUCGACGCGCUGCGGGCCGCCGCGGGCGGCCACGCGUCGCCGUGCGGGUCCCCGCGGAAGCCGUCCGCCGACGGCGCCCCGUCGAAGACCUACACCUUCGACCGCAAGUUCCUCUUCAAGGUCCUCGUGCUGGGCAACUCGCAGCUCGCGCAGCUCACGGGCGCGCGGGGGCCGAACCUGCAGACGAACGCGGCGUGCGCGGGCACGACGCAGGCCGUCGGCGUCGCCCAGGACCUGCUGCGCGCGGGCCGCUGCGACCGCGUCGUCGUGAUUUCCGGCGACGACGCGUCGGGCGAUGCGUUGAUGCCCUGGGUGGGCAACGGCUUCAACGCGCUCGGCGCCGCGUCGACGGCGCGCGACGCGGCGACGGCCGCGCGGCCCUUCGACAACCGGCGCAACGGCAUGGUCGUCGGCGCCGCGGCCUGCGCUCUAGUCAUCGAGCGCGCCGGCGCGCCGCGGCCGAGGCCGCCGCCGGGGGGCUGGUUCGCGCGGCGCGCGUCUACCUCCCGGCCGUGCGUCGUCGCGCCCCGAUCCGGCGCGGCGCGGCCGCGGCGCGCGCGCUGCCGCGUCCUCGAGACGCUCUACAGCAACAGCGCCUACCACGGCGCGGCCAUGUGCGGGCCCCACAUCGCGAGCGAGCUCGAGGCGUUCCUGCGCCUCGUGGAGCGGAAACACGGCGUGACGCGGAAGGCCAUCGCGGACCGGGGCGCGUACCUGUCGCACGAGACGGGCACGCACGCGACGCCGUCGAGCUCCUGCGCCCACAACGAGAUCAGCGCGCUGCGGGCCUGCUUCGGCGACGAGCUCGUGGCGAAACUCGUCGUCGUGAACACGAAGGCGCUCACGGGCCACCCGAUGGCCGUCGGCGUCGAGGACGUCGUCGCCGCGCUCGCGCUGUCGCAGCCGACGACGCCGCUGCCGCCCUGCCCGCCGGGCUGCGUGUCCGACGCGAACCUGGGCGUGGGUCUGGCGCUCGCGGCGCGCGACCGCGGCGGGCCGCCGAUCAAGUUCGCGCUCCGCUUCGCCGCGGGCUUCGGCUCCCAGGUCGCCUUCGUCCUCUACUCCGCCGAUUAG